AUGAAAACCAAAGCCGAUAUCGAAGCCGUUGUGGAGGUUCAACAUAGCGAGAAGCUGAAGAGACGAGCAACAACAAAAGGGAGGACGGUUGCUGAAUCGGCUAUGAUCAGAGCCUUUAACGCUCAGUUUGCUGAGUAUAGCUCUGAGCUAAAAAAGACUCGUGCGGUCCAGGAGAAAGAUAGUGAGACUGGAAUUCGUCUACGAGACAAGUACUGGCCAGUUUCAGGAUUUGAUGUAGCCAUCAAUAUUGUACAUGAAGAAGCAGUUCUUUAUUUUUGUAGGAAAGAAUACGUGAAACGUGGUUUGUACAAGUACGUUGAAGGAUUGAUUGAACGUAAGAUGAUUAGUUUUGCUUUACGUGAAGCUGAUACUCUUCAACAUGUUCUUAAAGAAAUGGAAAGUUUGGAAGUUACGGUUUCGUCUAAGGAUGGAGAUUGUCGUGUUGGUGAGAAGAGGAAAGGUUUCGGAUCAGUGCUUGCUUAUGGUGGAGAAACAUUGCCUAAGAUGAAGAGACGUCUUACUCAGAGGAGAAGGUGUAAUUAA